AUGGCGUUCCCACUUCGCUCGCUCUCGCUCUCUCGGCGGUUUCUGGGAGCAGACAGCCCGGGAUCCCCGCUGGUCCGAAACCCGCCGAGGCAGAGCGAUAACCCCGGGUCCCCGGUGCGCUGCCUCUCCGCGAAAGCCGGCUCCAGGUCCGUCCUCGCCGCCCUGGCGUCGAAAGCGAAGCGCAUCAACGGGAGGUACGAGAGGUUUUUGGAAAGGACCUUCCCCCGUUUCUACGUGCUGCACGCGACUUUCACGAAAGGGAUCCAAGCGCUCUUCCUGGAAGUAAAAGAAAUAAGAAAAAUCAAAUCUAAAAUGUCCUGCCAGAGACUGAGCGCUCAGCAGCUUCCCUACCGGGAGAUGGAGAGGCUGCGGCAGGCAGUUUCGCAGGGACGUGAUCAAGGCCAUUCCCAUCGGAGUUAUUGCCAUCCCGCCCUUCGC